AGGGUGGAGCGGCCUGACUCCCGCAGCCAAUAAAAGCAGCAGGUUCCUGGUCCGAUCCCCGGCGCGGCUCGCCAUUGGUCACCACCCGGGUCUCGGCCCACCGAACCUUUGCGACCCGAGCCAAUCGCGAGGCGGCGAGGUGUCCUGGGGCUCGCGGGGAGCGGGCCGCGGGCAGCAGCGAGCGCAGGCCGGCGAAGAGCGGGUGGCGGUGACCAGCGGCGCGAGCCGGCAUCCCCUCCCCCGCGCGGUGAGCCGCCGGCUCCACCAUGGAGCCCGCCGUGUCGCUGGCAGUGUGCGCUCUGCUCUUCCUGCUCUGGGUCCGCGUGAAGGGGCUGGAGUUCGUGCUCAUCCACCAGCGCUGGGUGUUCGUGUGCCUCUUCCUCCUGCCGCUCUCGCUCAUCUUCGACAUCUACUACUAUGUGCGCGCCUGGGUGGUGUUCAAGCUCAGCAGCGCGCCGCGGCUGCACGAGCAGCGCGUGCGGGACAUCCAGAAGCAGGUGCGGGAAUGGAAGGAGCAGGGCAGCAAGACCUUCAUGUGUACAGGGCGCCCUGGCUGGCUCACCGUCUCACUGCGGGUUGGGAAGUACAAGAAGACACACAAAAACAUCAUGAUCAACCUGAUGGACAUUCUGGAGGUGGACACCAAGAAACAGAUUGUCCGCGUGGAGCCCUUGGUGACCAUGGGUCAGGUGACUGCCCUGCUGACCUCCAUUGGCUGGACUCUGCCUGUGCUGCCCGAGUUGGAUGACCUCACAGUGGGAGGAUUGAUCAUGGGCACAGGCAUCGAGUCUUCAUCCCACAAGUAUGGCCUGUUCCAGCACAUCUGCACUGCCUACGAGCUGGUCCUGGCCGAUGGCAGCUUUGUGCGAUGCACACCGUCGGAAAACUCGGACCUGUUCUACGCUGUGCCCUGGUCCUGCGGGACCCUGGGCUUCCUGGUGGCCGCCGAAAUCCGCAUCAUCCCCGCCAAGAAGUACGUCAAGCUGCGGUUUGAGCCGGUGUGCGGCCUGGAGGCCAUCUGUGACAGGUUCACCCGUGAGUCCCAGCGGCAGGAGAACCACUUCGUGGAAGGGCUGCUCUACUCCCUGGAGGAAGCUGUAAUCAUGACGGGUGUCAUGACGGAUGAGGCCGAGCCUGGCAAGCUGAAUAGCAUUGGCAACUACUACAAGCCCUGGUUCUUCAAGCACGUGGAGAACUACCUGAAGACAAAGCGCGAGGGCCUGGAGUACAUCCCCUUGAGACACUACUACCACCGCCACACGCGCAGCAUCUUCUGGGAGCUCCAGGACAUCAUCCCCUUUGGCAACAACCCCGUCUUCCGCUACCUCUUUGGUUGGAUGGUGCCUCCCAAGAUCUCCCUCCUGAAGCUGACCCAGGGCGAGACGCUGCGCAAGCUGUACGAGCAGCACCACGUGGUGCAGGACAUGCUGGUGCCCAUGAAAUGCCUGCCGCAGGCCCUGCACACCUUCCACAGCGACAUCCACGUCUACCCCAUCUGGCUGUGCCCAUUCAUCCUGCCCAGCCAGCCGGGCCUGGUGCACCCCAAGGGAAACGAGGCCGAGCUCUACGUCGACAUUGGUGCCUACGGGGAGCCGCGCGUGAAGCACUUUGAGGCCCGGUCCUGCAUGAGGCAGUUGGAGAAGUUCGUCCGAAGUGUGCACGGGUUCCAGAUGCUGUAUGCCGACUGCUACAUGGACCGGGAGGAGUUCUGGGAGAUGUUUGACGGCUCCCUGUACCAUAGGCUGCGGAAACAGCUCGGCUGCCAGGACGCCUUCCCGGAGGUCUAUGACAAGAUCUGCAAGGCUGCCAGGCACUGAGCCGGAGCCCACCCGGAAGGAGGCGGACGCGAGGGCGGACCCUGUCCCCAGGGCCAGAAGGCAUCUAUCUUCCCUCCACUCAAGCUUGGCUGCUCUGCCAGAUCCACACUUUCAGAAAGAAACCCCCCCAGAACCCCCACCCAGGCGGCCCCGACAGCUGCUCCCAGCCUCCAGGGGCAGCCAAGCAGAGUGGCCAGGACGUGAGAUUUGGAGUCAGACAGACCCGAGUCUAGUUCCCAGUUCUGCCACUCAUGAGCUGUGUGACUCUGAGUGAGUCACUCAGCCACUCUGAGCCCUGUUCCUCACCUGUUGAAAGGGGGUAAUGCUGUCUUCCUGCUACUGUCAUCUGAGUCAAGCGCCUGUCGCAGCAGAGGUGCCGGAGAAGCGGCAGCUGCUGUUAGCACGGCUUCCCACUCAGCGUCACGUCGGACUAAGUGCUUUGGAUUCAGUGGUUGAGUCCGGGAAGGCUCCAUGUUAGGUCACCUGGGCUCGGGUUUGGCUGAAGGGGGUGCCCUCGAGUUGCGCUGCCAUCACUUGUCAGCUGCAAGACCUCCUCGCGGAGGGAAGGAAGGAAGGUUCCUCUCCAUCCCUGGGGUCUUGGGAGGGCAACAGAUGGGGCGGGCGGGCCCAAGAUGUGCUGUGCCAAAGCCAGGUCUGAUUCCAAAGUUCUCCCUGCCGUGCUCGGUGGCGCCUUGCCCCUUCCUCCUUCACGCUCAGGCUUGCAGGCCUACUGCAGCCGUUGCCCAGGUCCACUCAGAGGGGACUGUGUCCUUGGAGAAGACACUUCAGGGUUGAAUCCUGGCCAGGCCCAGGCCUGGGACACCUGCCCAGGCUGGGUGAGCGGUCUCUGCUCUGAAUUGAAUCCAGAGGACCUGGGCUCAUUCUUGCCUCUCCACCCUCCAUGGCUCUUGUUCCCAGAACCCGCUUUGCCAUGGUGGGGCUGUGUCCUCUGCUCUGCAGUAGGGGUGGGAGUUGGGGGGGGGUGGGACCGCGCCAAGCAGGAAGAUGGAGCCCGCCGUCACUCGGCUUCGUGGGGUUCCUCACUGCGGGGCUGAAAGAAAACAGCAUCAACUUGAUUUCUCCAACCACUCAUCUCCCCCUUUUUUUCUUUCUCCCCCGGCCCCCAACUGUAGUUAAUUUUAGUGCCUUACAAAUCCUAAGCUCAGAGAAAAGUUAGCUCCAUUUCCGUUCCAGAGGGAAGGAAACCUUCCCAGGUCCCUGCCCGCCUAGUAGAGCUUGGUGGUUUGUGCAGCUCUGUCUUGAGAACUGCCCAGCCUCAGCUGAAAACCCAGAAUCUGAGAGGGAAUUGUGUAAGGGAAGCUGGAAUUAAGUGAACUGUGCCAGGCAGUGACAUUUUGGGAGAGAGAGAGAGAGAGAGGGACCACUGCACCAGGAGCCAGGAGGCCUGGGUUUCAUUCAGUCCUUGCUGUGUUCCUCACGAGCUCUGCACCCGUGGGCAAGUCAUUUGUCCCUCUGAGCUGUAGUUUCCUCAUCUGUCACAUCAGCGCACACAAGACCACCUGAGGCCCUUCUGCUGUAGGAGCGCAGAGCUGUCUUAAACACCACGACUGCAAACCCCAUGAAAAGCCUCUUGUGUGGAUAGUCAGAGGAAAAACAAAUGAUCCAAGUGGACGCUUGGGGGUUGUCUCCCAUUUAAGGUCCUUCAGCCCAAGGCCAGCUCUCGUCUUUUCAGAAAGGCGCAGCCGUGGCCUGCACGGAAGUGUCAGUCUUGUCACCACAGGUUGCCAGGAUCCUCCCAGAGCCGUGCUCUGGCUGCCGAGGCUCGCUCAUCCUGCCCUGGGCUGGGCACGCUGUAGUGUCUUGGCGCGUUCCUGGGAGUUCUGGGCGCAUUCAGGACACUCAGAUGGCAGAGGAACCACUCUUCCCCAUUUGGCCUCUGGAGGGGGCAUAAGAAAAAAAUAAGAAACCUCAUUUUCUCGCUUGUAUGCAAAGCACGUGAAUACUGGCAUUAGCUCUCCUAGUGGGCCCGUGGGCUUCCCGCUCGGCGCUAAACUGAUGAUCCUACUUACUGUAGAGGAAUGGCGAGCCCGAGCUAGGUUAGCCCCACAGAUAAGGUCCCAUCCUUUCACCAGUGGGGCCUCCGUCCCUGGGCCCCUGGGAGUGUGGCCAGAGAUGCCAGCAGCUUCUGUUAUCCUCAGUCCUACAAAGCAAAAUCCUGCCCUUCGCAGACCUCACUCGGAACCCGGGGCUCAGAAGGGAGGGAGGGUCUGGGGAUCACACCAGCCUCAGGUUGGUGUUUCGCUUCAGUGAUAUCUUGCCUAGAAAGGGGCAGUCUUCCAAGCAUGUUGAGCUGAGUGACCAGCUCUUUCUUGUAGCCAGUCUCGUCACUACCCAUCCAGAUGGUGGUUUCAGGUGGAAUUAAACUUGGCACGUGGCGGGAGUGGGGCAGCGUGUGUGGAAAGUAUAAGAAGAGGCCUCUCCCUUCCGGAACGCUGAGUUUCUCUGCAUGAAGGUUUUCUGUAAAAUCCGGAUUCUAGCCAGUUUCUUUGGCUGGAAGGAUGCAUAAUCUAAUUAGCUGUUACUGAGAGGGAAGGGGUGGGGAUGGGGGUGGCAGUGAAUGCUGUGUGAUUUUUAGUUUUUUCCUUAAUCGUGGGGACCACGGAAAAAGGCCUGGGUCCCCCCCACCCCCCAGCAGGCUCUGCAGCUGCAGGCGCUGUGCCUACUGUCUGAACACUUCACGUCCCUAUGACUGUGUGGCCCCUGCUUCUGUAAGAAUAAAAGUGUGAUCUGGAAAGUA